CUCCCCCUUUCGCCUCUUCGGCCAUGCACACUGAGGCGUCUGGCCAGCUGGGGGCUGUGUGUCGCUGGCUGGAGCGGGCCUCCAGAUGGCGGCACGCUCGGCGUCGCCUUCUUCAUUCCUUUCUUCGUGAGCAGCAGGACCAGGAUGUCCUCUCCCUGACCCUCACCCUCAUGACCGGCGGCGUGCUGGGCAAUCGCGGCCAUGCGGCCACCCACCCGGCGACAGGGCCGCACCCCGUUCGUCAGCAUGCCUCUCGGGCCUUUCUCCGCCAGGCCGAGCCUCACCAUGCCCAUGAGCUCCCGUCACUGGCCGACGCAGCAGCCGAGGCUCUCGGCCGAUUGACCCGGGUGUGCGGGCGCUGCACCACACUCCUCCAGGCCAGUGCCGACCCGGAGUAUCGGCUACUCCUGGAUCGGCUCCGUGCUAUAAGCGCGGCGAUUCCCCCGGAGGAUGACACAACUGUGACUUGGUUCGGUCGGAUGCUCGCGGGUGACGUGCCCCAGGCAGCGGGCUUCGCCCUGGCCUUGGUGGAUGCCCUUGGUCGGGAAGUCGCCGGGCUGCCCGACGAUGCGAGGGCAUCGGGCGAUCUCUAUCGCGGUGCCCGCUCCGUUCCUUCGGAUGAGGUGGCCCUCUUUCAGUAUUUCCGGCCCCACCUGUCAGCUCGGCCGGCCUCCGGUGCAUCCUUCCGCGCUGCUCUCCUGUCCAUGAAAGGCCGCCUGCUGGUCGAGCGGAAGUAUGACGGCGAGCGCCUCCAGGCGCACUUUGCCCGUCCGGGCACGGGCUCGGGCCUCGGCGCCGGCUGGCGGUUUUGGUCCCGGCGCGGGGUCGACUGGACAGCACGCCUGGCCGGAAGGGUGCUGGCCGACCAUUUGACGGCCGCAUUGGCCGGGUCGGUGACCGAUGUGAUCCUCGAUGGGGAACUGAUUGCUUGGUGUCCCGUGGCCCGGCGGAUCUUGCCAUUCUCCUUUGUGCGACCGGCGUCGUCUGGCGGUACGCAAGGCAUCCGCUCCCUCUGGUUGACCCCCGCCCCCUCCCCAUGCUGGGCCUAAUCAAUCGGUCAGUCGCCGGGCAUGC